GAUGCCUUUGCCAGGGCAUUUGUUCAGCACUACAGCAGAAUCUCAGUAAUGUUGGUGCAGAGUACAGACUCGGAGACUCUGAGUAACCGCGUCGUCCACGUGUCGGUGCAGCUGUUUUCCGACCAAGACUUGGCCUACCGCAUGACCGACUCCUUCCACCUCCUCCACGUCAUGAUCGUUAGUUUGAAAAAUAUGAUGAAAUCCAUAUGUGUGCCAUCAACUCUCCACGAUAAGUUACGGAAUUCUCAUAAAGUUGUGAACUGCGCCGACCACGUCAUGAAGAACCACUGCUACUGGCCGCUGGUGUCUGACCUCAACAACGUACUCUCACACAAGCCAAUUGCCGUCAAGUUCAUGAGUGACCCAAGACUCAUACAAGAAUGGUUCUCGUUCUUGUCAAUGUUCCAAGGAAUGAACGUCAACGUGAGAGAAUUAACACAACAUGUUGAGUUUGAACCCCAGACUUACUACGCAGCUUUUAGUGCAGAGCUGGAGGCCUCGGCGUCUCCCAUGUGGGCCCUCGUCUCACAUCUACGCGACUCUGAGACCAGACACUACACCUUCUCGGUCCUUAAAGAAUGUCUCCAUGCGCUGAAGAUCUGGUUCAUGUCCGUCGGGUUUUCACAUUCUGAUUUGGGUGAUCCAUACCAGGUAUCGUUUCACCUGCCACUACACCGCUACUACUCGGUGUUCAUGUGCCAGGCUGUGAAGGCUCAGGGGGCACAGCUACAUGAGGUGCUGCCAUCUCAGGACUUGCUGCAUCAUAUUAUGGUUCAUCCUCUUAGGUUACAGGCGGCUUUCUACGAGAUACUGAGCGGCAUGUGGGUGCGUAAUGGCCUGCAGAUCAAGGGCCAAGCCAUGACGUAUAUUCAGUGCCACUUCUGCAACUCCAUGGUGGAUGCUGACCUCUACCUCUUACAAAUCUGUGCUGGUGAACUGCCUCCAGACAACUUUAUCUUGACGGUCUUAGACAGGUUUCAUGUUAUGGAGUCCCUGAGUGUAGCACCGAGACCAUCCAACAGUUUCCUCGACUCAGAACACGAGAUGACCAUCAUGGAAUCCUGUCUCACCUUCCUGGCAACACUUAUGACUGUUAGGACUAAUAUUGGUUUAAGUGAGAGUGAAUUAGCUCAGUUGGAGAUGGUGACUCUGUUGUGUAUGGGAGACAAGACUCACUCUCAGCUGAUGGAGUACAUGCCGGAGAAGUGUGGCAGCGCUGCACAGAGCAGAGAUUUUGAAGUGGUAUUAAGUAAGGUGUCAUCAUAUAGAGCUCCCAACUUUGAAGCGUCGGGAACAAUGCAGCAGGGGAUGUACAUACCACGUGAUGAGGUGUGGGAGAACCUGUACGACCCCAUCUACAUCCUCCUGCGGGCGGUACAGCGGAGAGACUUCCAGGCCUCUCUCGACAGAUUUAAGUUGUUCUGCAAGCAGUCUGGAAACAUCAGCAGCUCAGGAAAUUUGUGGCCGCCAUUCCGUUUGCCAAGUGCCGUUACGAGCCCCUACACUGACCCCCAGAGGAUAAUUGCCUGUAGGAGUUUCCACGCUGUGAUCUUCAUGCUGUUGUAUAAAGCUCUCAAUGAAGUGUCCACCACAGACCACCUCUUGGCCCUCACUGUGUACUUGCUGGAGCUGACGGUUGAAUACCAGGCCAAACACCGCUCACAAGGAGGUGAAGUGAUGGCUGCCCAGUACUACGAUGGUGUGAUAGAGGCCGACGACGACAAACCUGACAGCCAGUUCUGCAAGUGGUUCGUGACGGAUGAUAUAUUCUCCAACGUCAACUCUGUAGUGUCCAGAAUUCACCUCAACCCCAUUCCCUCUGUCAGCUCCUGCUCUGGUGGUGAAUUAGAUACAUCAGACCUGGAUAUGGAUGAGAUCGAGGGUGGCGAGCCCCUACUGGCCCUCCACGAACCACCACGACCCCUUCCUCUCCCCGCCGGGUCUGAGUUAGUCCUCUACCACCAAGGUGCCACAGCUUGUGUGCCUUCAGGAGAUCUGCCCACUACUCCUGACACCCCAACUCAGGAUCACAUGUCUCCUCUGGCACUUCCUCCUCCCACUCUCACAUCAACUUCACCCGUCUCUACGCCAACCAAUAUGCUUGUGCCCGUUACACAGAGCAGUUCUUUAGAAGGUCACUCGGCACAAGCGUCUUUACCAUCACCGUUCCAGUACCGCACUCUGCUUGCCGGGAAUGAAGUGGGAAGAAUAGGCGGCAGUGGUAGAAGCGGCAGUAAUAACGGCCCUGCGUGUAGCAGCAGAGGUCACCACGGCCGGUGCAUCAUGCUGCAGCACCACUUUCACCAGCGCUCGCGGCGGCCAGCUGGUCCUGCCAAAGCUCUUCUUCCGGCUGGUGAUGGGGCUUCCUCCCCAUCAUUCCAAGCUUCUCCACCCACACCUGACCUCUCUCACUUCUCCUCUUUACCUCAACUUGACUCUGGGGAUGAGUACGUAGCCAUCGAGGAAUCCAUCAUCUCUCUCCUCAUUAAGCUUCACUCCAAGCUAACCGGGAAGCCUAACUCUUACCGUCCAAACUUCAGCGAUACAUCUGAUUCUAGAAUAGGAGAUGGACCUUUCUUUAUUACCAAGUUGCUCAAUAAAAUAGGCCGCAAUGAUUCUUCUGCCAGACAAGGUAUAUUGGAAACUAUAUCCUGCCUCUACUGUAAACGAGAAGAAGACUCCUCCGCGUCCUCCGAAGAAGAAGCCAGAGCAAGAGAGGAGAAGAAAAAGCGAGCCAAGGAGAGACAGAAGAGAGUCAUAGCCGAAUUUGCAAACCGUCAGCGUCAGUUUAUGGAGCAGAAUAAAGCGGAGGCGGCGGAGUCCGAGACGAGCGGCAACGACGCCAUGGAGGUGGAGGAGGAACAACCGGAGAGACACAAGGAGUACGACUGUGUGAUAUGUAACCAGUCCAUCCCCUCCACGCCCGAGAGACCAGUGGGAUUGGUGGUGCUGCUUCAGGCAACAAGCGUGUUGGGUCACAGAACAUCCUCCCAGAAGCCCCUCGGUGUUCCUACCACAGACUCGGAGAGAACGAGACUAAAGCAACGAAGAUAUACUCUGGGGCAGUACAUGGAGGAGAGAACAGACACGCUUAACAGGCACUUUGACUAUAACUCGUGGUUGGUGUCCAUGAACAUUGGGUGGGAGGGAGGAGUCCAUGUGCAGACCUGUGGCCACCACCUACACCUAGAUUGUCAUCAGUCAUAUCUUCUUGCUCUGCGCUCACAGCCUCGCCCCAACAACCCUCUCAAUGUUGACAAGGGUGAGUACUGGUGUCCACUCUGUCGACAACUCGGGAAUUCAGUGUUACCAAUAUCUCCCGAAAUUGGUGACUUGUCGGCGAUGGUGAAGCAUCCCUCGACCCAUGAUAGUGACCUGGUGGAGGAGGUAGACCGCCUUCUGCUAGACCUGACAGUCCCGACCUUUAGCAGUACCCUGACCAAAGCCAUGGCUCAAAUGAUGGAGGACAUGACCAUCGCCACGUACGCCAAGUAUCGAAACGUCUCCUCCAACCCUUCUACUCCGUCCCUCUUUAUGUUCGUCUCGUCCAUCUUACGGACGAACCUGGAAGUGGAGUUGGUGCAGCGAGGGGGAAUGUUGGUGUAUCAGGCCCAGGACGUUAAAAUGGACGUGAAGCGCUCGUGUCUCAUGCCACUCCUUCAUGUACUUGGGUUUCACUCCAAGAUAUUGAGUGGAGGCGGUGACUCCUCCGUGGGUGGUAUGGGUGGAGGGUUACACUGGAUCAGACAGACCUGGGCAUCUAUCACCCAGCGGCCCGUGACUGGAAGUGAGGGAGCUGUUACACCGCGGGAGAGAGAAGUUCCUCUGCUGCUGCGCGACCCAGUCAGUCUCCUCCUGCAGCUGAUUCUUCUGUUGCCUUCCCGGAUAGACCAGGGUUACCUAAGGUGUGUAGUGAGGAACGUGUACCGGGUGGCGGUGGUGGGCGCCGCCGUGUCUGCUCUCCGUUCACUUAACGAGAGUCAGCGGGAGCAGGCGACCACCAGUGGUCCUCUUGCCCCCCUCCUGGCGCUGGCUCACAACACCUUACGCGACAGCCCCUUCUUUUGUGACGACCAGGUGCCACUGGCAGACCAGACACAGGAGGCUUGGACUGUCAACGAUGUUACCUGUCAGGUUCGAGAAACUUGUCUCUUGUUCCUGAGAAUAGCUGCUCUUCUGAAAGCACAUUUGAUGGAAGAAAACGCACCAGUGAUAGCUGACCCCAUUGCUGAGUGCGGCGCUCUUGAACAGUACUUGGGAGUCUGGGAUAUUUGUUCAGUUGUUAACUCUACGAUUAUGGGUAAUAUGUGUGGUACAUACCGUGCGAGUGAGGUAUCAAGUCCGGUCGAGACUCGUCUGGGAGACUUGGCUGGUGGUGCCAGGGUGUGGUGCAGUGAAGUGGCUUCGUUUGCCUCUCAAGCUCAAGUAGCUGCCUCAACCCUCCUCACUACAGUUCAUUUCUCACAACCUCGACUUCUUCGUUUACCACACUCCUACGACGCCAUUUUCCAAUAUUACCACAGGCGGCAGUGUUCUCAGUGCAACAGUGUCCCCAAGGACCCAAGUGUUUGUCUCUUGUGUGGCACUAUUGUUUGCUUAAGAGAACCAUGUUGUAAGCAGCAGGAGGUGUGUGAGUGUGUCCAGCAUGCUAUAGACUGUGGAGCCGGCACCGCCAUAUUCCUGGUCGUCAACGCUUCAACGGUGAUUGUGAUUCGAGGUCCACGGGUCUGCUUGUGGGGGUGCAUUCAUCUGGACUCAUUUGGGGAAGAAGACCGUGAAUUAAAGCGCGGGAAGCCCCUGUACCUGAGUGAAGAUCGUUACCGCUUGUUGGAGCAACAGUGGCUGUCACAUUCCUUUGAUCACACCAACCGCCGAUGGAUAUGGCACAGAGAUAUCCUUUGAGGGAUAGAAUCAUUGUAAAUGCGAAGAAUAGCCUUGUUAUCCUGAAGGUUGAAAUUAGCCUAAAGUAAAGGUUUAUAUUCUUUUUUUGGUGUAACCGGUAAGCAUAGGACCUUUAUUUUAGUGAGAUGUGCUGGUUAUGAAGAUAGAUCACCUGAUGCUCUCAAGAACAUUUGGCCUCUACCUUGUUGUGUUACCGUCACCACUAACGGGGCUCUGCUUCACUCUUUUUGGAUGCAGGUUAAAGAAAUAAAUAAACUAUGUCAGUGUGCAAAUAUAUCCUAUUACAAUCUAAAUAAUUAUCUAUGCAGGACUAAAGGUGUCUGACACUUCUGGAUUAAUAGUCAUUGUUGACAUUAUUGGUCGUGAUUGGUAAACAUAAUGUACAGUACAGUCCUUCAUUGUAGUAGUACAGUGUUGUAAACACCCUGGGCUGAUCAUCUUCUUCAGGAUACAACCAGUCACAAGUAAAGAUUUAGUUCACUUUCUCUGGCACAACUUGGUUGCCAAUAUUUCUUGGAGUAAAAUAUUCUUUGCUUUUACAAUGAUUGUGUUAAGAAUUUUUGCUUUACAAAUUAUAAGCUGCAAUAAAGCUAAAGAUAAUGAUAUGCUGUACUGUACAGUAGGUACUGUAUAUCUUUAUCUGAAGGUUAUUGGAUAAAGGUUAUACUACAACGGGAGAAUAUUAAUAUUGGGUGAGCCUUCAUCUCCCAUGUAACUCUUUGCAACUAUGAAUUGUGAUAUUAUCUACAACCAUUUUGUUUUCAAAGAAAACGUCCAGGGUGUUCAACCGAAUGUGAUUCGGAUUAAAUUUCCUUCGUGUUUGGGAACUUAUUUUAACUUGAACAGAAGAAAUAGUUACAUCUUACACAUUUUUUCAGUAGGUAAUUAAUAACUAGACAUUAUGUGAUAAAGGAUGAGCAUUUAUUGGUUGGUGGGAGUAAGGGAGCACCCUGUAAUUUGAUCUAUCAUAGUUUUACUGUAUACAUAUGUAUGGAGGAUUUCUUUGUUUCUUGCACAUUAGUAGAUGCAAAUGAGCCAUUUUGGGCAUUCAAGAUAUAACUGUUAAGUCCUUGUAGUUUAUUUAAGUGUGAUGUAAAUAUUGUGUCAUGAUGUAGGGCAGGUAACAGCUAUGCUCGCCUGUACAGGAGCAGUCUCUUAAGAGUUGUUUAUGGGUACAUAAAGGCCAAAUUCAUACUUAUUUAUUGUAUACUCAUCCCCAUAUAAUAAACAUACAGUUUGAAUUACUUCUGUGAGUUGGAUAAUUACAUAAGAGCUCAAGUAAUGUUUAAGUAAACUCUUGUAUAAAGAAAUCACUUGUACACAUUGUAUAAAUAUGUCAUGUACUGUACAUAGUAACAAGUCAUAUUAUGCAGCAGCUAGGGAUGGGAGUGUUAGAAGCACAACAACUCUGUAUUCAGGUAACUGUUGUGGAAUGUGAACAGAGAGUAAUUGUUUAUUAUACAGUACUGGAGUUUUAUGCUUCAGCAACUGUACAUGUAUGUACUCUAGGGGUCUUCUCAGUGACCACCUAAACAUAUAUGUAAACAGUGCAGGAUUGUUCGUUAACUUUGUACAUUAAUUUUCAGUUACUUGUAUAAGGAAUGUGUAGUCACUUGACACAAAGCAAAGUAAUUUAUAGUACGUUAUUUAUUUAUAUAAUAGCUUACUUGUUGUAGCUGUAGUUGCCAUGGAUUUCUGUGCUGGGACAACAACAUCCCAACAUUAUCUUUUUUAAUAUUUUAAUAUUUUCUUCUUUAUGUCUGCUUUGUGGAGCAUAUGAUGGUAUGGCACUGUCUGUCAGUCUUUGUUAAUAUUUUAGUUUUGUAAGAUGUCAUUUGUUCUACACAUCACAACUUUACCAAUCUUUACUGGGGAGUUGGUCAUAGGGAUACACAUAAACCUAUUGAGUUUGAGGUAAUUGUGACCCAGAAAAGAGAACAGAGUUUCUACAUCUCUGGGCUUCUGUGAUGUAUGCAGUUUUCAUUAUUUUACAUAUAAUUGAUGUAAAUCUUGUCUUGCAUUCAUGGCAGAGUUUCACAUGCAGAAUAUUGAUGUUCAUCGCCACGCCUCGGUCAAAGUCCCAUCGCCAAUACUUGAGACGUGAUGAACUAGGCCUGUUAGUUUGGUCGUUGCAAGAAUGAAUUACUAGUUGUUUCAUGAUUAUAUUUAUAAUUUUUAGUCCAUUAAGGGAAUGAGGAUGGCUUUUAUGGAAAUAUAUGAGGAAGAAUGUGGACAUUGAAUGAAUAUAAAAGAAAGAGGUGGAAGGUAAGAGGAAAUGAGCAACAAAGGGUUGUAUUAAAAGAUAAUAAGUGUUGCUGCUGCAGUGUGUACAGGUUCUAAUGUUGGACUCAUUAAUGGGAGUGAAAGGCAACUUUUAUACCUCGACUGUUGAUCAUCAAUUCUACCUUUGUAAUGAAGGUCAGAAAAUAACUUGCUUUUUUAUAAUAAAUUCCAUCUCCUUCCCUUUACCUUGGUAAUAUUAAACAUUUAAGAUGGCGAGCAUCAACACCUCCCACAGUGACAGAUGCAAUACUGAAAACUUGCUGUCAAAAUCUGGGAAUGUGAUAAAGGUGCAGCAUUUUGACAUUUUGGUAUUUCACUUGAAAAUAUUUACAACAAAAUGAUUUAUGUUGUCACGCUACUCCCAGAGAGAAAUAUUUUGACAAUUUUUAUUUUUAUUAUAUUUUUUUUGAGUGUGUGUGUGUGUGUGUGAGUGAAGCUCCCCAUUCUGGAAAUUAGGCAUAGACUUGUCAUUGAUGUUUGUGUAUCCACAUGUCGUUGCAUCAUCUGUAAGCUCUUGGUGUCCACAUUACCCUUGGGCUUGCUAUACUGUACUGUACUAGUUGCAGCCAGAUUUUUCAUCAAUCAAUAAGUGAAAUAUGCAGAUGAAAUAAGCUUGAAAUACAGGGAGAGCUUGGCAUAUAGUUGUUAUUGAGAACUUGGCUGUCAAGUGUUUAUAUGCAUUAAUGGAUUAAUAUAUCUCUAGUAUACAGUUUACUUGAUACAUUACAUUAUUUCUUCACCUCGGCCGUUAACACAGCUCAACAUUCUUUUGGCGCUAUAUUAUUGUGAAGUCCUAUUAAUGAACAGAAUAAUACACUUGGUGUUGCUAAACCAUAAAUCUAUCUCUUUAUCACCAGCUGGAUGUUAGACCUUCAGUGGUAUACAGUAAAGUAUUCAACUUUGCCCCUUACAUUAUUACAAUUAUAUUUCCUGCUUCUUCAACUCCGUUACAACUUAACACAUCUCAUUUUUCUUGUUUAAUAUCUUAUGUUGAUACAGUCUUCCUUGUUUCAACCACAGCUCAUCAUUGCUACAUACAGUACUACAACCUAAAUUAGUAAUGACUCUCGAUAAUAUUUUAAACGUCAGAGGGGGUUUAGUGCAUCAGUUUACCAGAGCUCCUCGAGAUGUUCUAAACCAGUAAAGUUUCAGCAUUUAUUCCUUUGGGUAAUUAGUCAUAGUUAUAGCUGUAUUGGGACUCAGAAUAGACGUUUGCUUAUUGACUUCAUCAUUCAGUGUAUGGCUUUAAUGUUCCCUGACCACCUGAGAUACUGAACAGUUCUUCAGUAGGGAUGGAUAAGUAUAUGUCCUUACUCUGUGCACACCUGGUCCUAUUAAUAAUUUUCUCACAUUGGUUUACCUGUAACAGCGGGCAAAUGAAUUUAUAGUUGAAACAUUUUUUUUUCUACUAACUUCUAUACAUAUAACUUGAUUAUGGUAAAUUAUGAACAGUUAACAUGCAUUAGUGGUAGUUAACCCUCUAACUCUAAGGUGUGUUAACCUACAUCCACACAUACAAUUGAGGGGUGUAUACACUAUCAUGCACCAGUGUAUAAAAUGUUUGUUUCCCCGCCUGGUACUACCCUCCCAGAUAUUAAUGAGUAUACAGUGGUCCCUCGGUUAACGAACACAAUUUCGUUAACCGAAUCCAUUGUUCAAUGGGAUAUUGGGUAAUUGGUUCCAGCUCACUGAAAAGUACAGUACAUACAAAGUAAAAAAAAUUGCAGUAAAGUACACUUACUUUGAGGUGU